GGUUAAGAGAUAUAUAUUGUAUAAAUUGAUUUUUAGGGUGCCGGGAGAUAUUAGUUUUUGAAAAGUUGUCUGGGUUUUUGAAAGAUGUCGAAAGUACAGGAAAUUGCUGAGAUGUCGAAAAAGCAGGAAAAUAAAUGGUCAAAUUUCGCGUUUAGAAUUAUAGUAAACAGUGCGUCUCACCCAUUUGAGUACGCGAAAGUUCUUAUACAGAUUGGGUAUGAACCUAUCCCACCCAGGCCGGCAAAGACAUUUUUUGGUAAACCGGCUUUAAAAUUGCCAAACAUAUUCCAAUAUGUCAAACAUAUUAAAUCCGUUGAUGGAUUUGUCGGACUAUAUACAGGCCUUGCGCCUAAGCUUUGUGGCAAUCUCCUUAGUACAAUAGCUGCUCAUAAAUGCGCAGAGUUUUUGAAUUUGGGUGAUGAAGAAGAGGAACUUGAAGAGGAGACAGAAGAACAGAGUAAAAAGAAAUGGAUAAAAUCAAUGAAAAGUGACUUAAUAACACACAGUCUGACGGUUAUUGUUAGUCAGCCUUUUCACGUUAUAACAGUGAGAAUGAUGGCCCAGUUUGUUGGAAAGGAGACAAAAUAUUGCGGCCUUUUCACAUCAAUUCGAGAAAUUUAUCAUGACAAUGGUAUUUUGGGUUUCUUCAGUGGUUUGGUCCCGAGAAUGCUUGGGGAUGUAUUAGCUUUGAUAUUGGCCGGAAGUUUAACCUAUACGAUAAAUAGAUACUUCAUUGAGGAAAGGGAAUUGAAAGUGUAUACUGGAGCAACUAUGAAUUUCUUGUCUUCUGCUAUCAUGUAUCCAUUCCAAGUGGUAUCUAAUUGUAUGGCAGUUACAAACUCUGGACUAGCAAUUGGGUCACCUGCAUAUAUGCCGCACUAUAAUUCCUGGGUUCAGUGCUGGUUGGACUUAUCAAAGAAAAAUCAACUGAAACGAGGUUCUAGCCUUCUUGUCCGUUAUUAUGUUGGGCCUUCUAUAACUAUUGGCGGGAAGCCACUUCCAAUCACCAAAGAAUCGAACUUUAUCUCUUAGUUAUGUUACAAAGUUAUGCAGACCAAUGCUUAAAAAUUCAACUUUGUGGAAAUUUUUUAUGUAAAUAUAUGGUCUUAGCAGAGGCUGGUCAAGGGAGCAGCAAAUUUGAUUUAUUUUCGGCUGUAAACUGGUAAUGUGCUCUAGCUGGAAUAAAAGUGUAGACAGAUUUUGAUUUUUUUCUUAAUGGAUAUCAAUAAA